AUGCGGCCUUCGACUACCGAAGCUUUGGAUCCCACAACGUCAAGUUUCGAUUGUGAGUGUCGCAGUCGUACGACAAUCACCAAAGACCUCGAGCGUCAUCCCAUGGCUACGUUGGGGUCCGGGCCAGGGCACCCUUCAACCCCAAUCAUAGACAAAGCCGAAGUUCACAAAAGAGCUGCAGCUUGGGAUCGUAUUGCAUACUACUCGUCGGCAGCGCCAGCUCAAGCAACGGGGCUCUCGUUCCUUGCGAACCUGGGAGAUCCACAGAAGUCUGGUACCUUUGACUAUGCAUUUGGCAACUCACUGAGCUUUGUUACUCCCGCUAGCAACAGGGUCGCAUCCGAGAGCGAAGCUUUCGCUGGCACGCUUGAUACGUCCGAGUACGAGAUCGCAGUCUUCUCUGACAAGGAGUGCGAUGUCGAUUGUCCGUACUGGAGACCGAAUGCUACAUCACAUUACGGUUGGGCUGGCUCUUCAAAAGCUUUCUUCAUCGAGUUUCAAAUGGACCACUAUCAGAACCGCGGUACGGACCAAGGCCUGAUCUCCGACGCACCAGCAUGGUGGUUUCUUAACGCGGCCAUUCCCCGCAUCCUCCAGUAUGGCAAUGAUCGCAACAACAUACCCUGCUCUUGCUGGUCGACAGGUUGCGGAGAGUUUGACGCCUUCGAAGUCCUCGGGAACGGAGAGGAAAGGGCCAAGAGCACCCUGCACCGGCAAGGGAACUUGGAAGGAGGUGAUUCGAACUAUUUCAAGAGGCCUGUUGGUAGAAGUUUGAAGUUCGCAGUGGUGUGGCACUACCCACACAUGACUGCAACGGUGCUAGAUGAAGACUACGACUUCCCAGAGGCAUUGACCGAAGACGAGAUAGAGAGCCUGAUAGCAUACGAUCCGGACAGCUGGGUGCACUCGAUGUUUCCUGUAGGCGACUGA